UUCCUCUUUGUGGCCCUGCCCUACUGCGGUGCUGCCUUGCUUUGCUUUGCUGUGGCCCUGGCCCUGGCGUCGCUGUGGUGGCACCUUCGACGCAGAGUUCCUCGGGGUGGCCUGUUUGUGUUUGUGGGUUUUGUUUUGUUUGGGAGUGUCCCCCCGAUUCAGCAUCAUGCGUCAGACUUGCUGCUUCCUUACCCACACUACUACUCUCUCAUUCUUCACUACCACCCUGAACCCCUCCCUUUGCGCUAUUAGCCCUUUUCCCUGCCCUGCCUCACUGAAUUUUGGUCUCGCUGUCUCGUCUCUUAGAUUGUCUGCUACCGCCAGUUUUUUUUUUUUUUUUUUUUUUUUUUCCUUUCCUUUCGACUCUUUUAGGAGUGAUUCGGGAGGAGCCGAUGUGGGUUUAUUCGGAGGUUGUGUGUGAGAUUUGUGGGGUGCCAAAGAGGCGGGGCGAGUCGUAGGAUUGAGUGAGAUUCAGAUCAAGGGAGGUGGGUUAUGUGGAUUUGUCGAGGGAUUGUGUUGAAUGGGCGGUGUUUUGUGGGGUUUGUUUGAUGCGGAGGCGAUUUUGAGAGGUUUAAGUGGUGGUACGUCUGUGGAGAAUUGAGUACUAGGGAUGUGCCAGAGUUUGAGGUGCACAUGCUCUGAUGUUGCGGGGUGUUUUUUUUUUUUUAUACUGUCGAUCAGCUUAUUCGAUUUAAGCGCCGGUUCUUUGGGAAUAGGAUGAAUUCUGUUUGACUGGUUGAAGGCUAGAGGGAGUGGUGGGGAGGUCCCAGGUGACGUCGACACGCCCUUGGAGUUUAAAUCCGGAGGUUUUGUGUGAGGCAGGAAUUAUUUGUUGUUUUGGGGGAGUAGAGCGAAAGACCUCUCGGAGGUGUGUAUUUGUGGCAUCUUUUCCGAUGGAUUGCAUGGCGUGCUUGCGUAGGAGACACAAAGACUCGCCGAAUGGGUGCAAACCCACCAAAGUGAUGCAUGACGCAGAUGUAACUUCUCAGCAUCCAACCAAUGUUCCUUUUUCCCCUAAUGGAUUUCAGCCAGGAAAGCCUACCGUGAAUUUUACAAUGGCUGAAUUGAACAGAAUUACUGGUAACUUUUCUGAUAGUCAUAAGAUUGGAGAAGGUUAUUUUGGAGCAGUUUACCAAGGAAGGCUCAGGGAUGGUACAACGCUGGCUAUCAAGCGAGCCAAGAAGGAUGCAUUUGAGGCAAGAGACAGAGAAUUUCAGACUGAAGUUGAUAUACUUGCUCAAGUGGAGCACCUGAAUUUGGUGAGGCUGAUAGCCUCUUUGGAGGACCAAAAUGAGCGGCUUCUUGUGACUGAGUUUGUGCCGAAUGGAAACCUCAGGAAUCAUCUCGAUGGUACAGGUCAAGGACAUGGGGUUAUUCUGGACAUGAGCACUCGCCUUAACAUCGCCAUCGAUGUUGCUCAGGCUCUUGCAUACCUUCACUACUACACUGACAAACCUAUAAUACAUAGAGAUGUCAAGUCUUCAAACAUUUUAAUCACUGAUACCUUUCGCGCUAAGGUUGCGGAUUUUGGUUUUUCUCGAGCUGGUCCAUCGGGAGAAGAAGGCGCUACACAUGUUUCCACCCAGGUUAAGGGCACCGCAGGGUAUUUGGACCCUGAAUACUUGACAACGUAUCAGCUGAAUGUCAAAAGUGAUGUAUAUUCUUUUGGCAUACUGCUGGUGGAACUUUUCACUGGGAGGCGCCCCAUAGAGUUGACUCGUCCCAGUGAUGAGCGUGUAACCGUGCGAUGGGCGUUCAAACAAUAUUUGGAGGGAAGGCUAAGGGUCAUUGUUGAUCCAAAUCUGCAAGUAACACAGGCUGACUUCAGUAUUCUUGAAUGUAUUUUUGAUCUUGCCUUUGAUUGCUCAGCACCCACGAAGCACGACCGUCCGAACAUGAGAGAGGUCAAGGAGAAGUUGUGGGAUAUUAGGAGAAAAUACCAGUUGAUCAAAGAUCGGCAACAAGAAGGUUCUGAGGCAGGACCAGAAUAUGGUGACUAUUACGAGAAUGGCAGCCACACUCCACGGGAGAGCCGUCGGCCGCAUGGUAAUUCUCGAACAAACAGGCGCUCAGAAGAGUAUCACAGAAGUCACUUGGGCUGAGCAACAUUUGAUAAUCAAACAAACACGGGGAUUACGAAGAAAGAGGGGCAUCACGUCAACGAAAAGCUCAGAGGGCUUCUUGAGAAGCUUACGGGGGUUCGGCUAUGUCUCGGCUUACAGUUCCAGUACCCAAUCCCUUCAUAUCCCCAGUCAGACAAUCUGAGAAUUGCCGAACUUAAAAAAUACCUUUUUGUUUUGAUUAAAACUGGCUGUUUACCGUACCCUGAAAGCAGGUCCAGCUCUAACCUGCCGAAUAUUUACUUUAUUUGGACUCUCAGAGUAUCGUUUAUGACGAGCGCUAAAUGCCAUGGCUCUCAGUGUGACGGUUCAUGCCUCUGAAUGGAUCGGAUUCUUCACGCUUCGUGAAUCAGAAGAUGACAGACUUGAGGUAUAUCUCGUUGGACUUCUUCAACCCUAUUGAACCAUCAAAUUUGCGUAUUGAUCAGAUUGAUUCUCGUUGUUAGCAAGUCACGCGAGCCGCAUCUGCCACGAUGGCUUCUCUUGCAUAGUUGGAAGUUGUAAUACAUUCAAAGUGUAUUCGCGCGGCAUGUUCUGUGACAGGGAGGCAAUGUUGUGAAGAAGACCAAGGUUCAGGGAUAAUUUUCGCUCUAAUCAAUUUUUCUUCUGAUCUCUUCUAAGGGCUCAGGUACGAUUCCGGACAUUGGUUUGGAGGGACCAGGUUUUAGACAAAACCAUGCUGGUACUUUUGAUGUUCCGCGUCAAAGGUUUGUCUCCCCUUUUUCGCCGAAUUCUGGCAGGGGUGUCAGUUCCCAGAGCCAAGAUUAAGACAGUUUGUUACGGUAUUUCAGGAUAUAUCCGCCAUUUUUUACUACUUGGUUUCAGACUCGAGUAUUGUAGAUUGUCGAGUAAUUGCCCAGUAGCACAAAUUGAUCUAUAUAUGUUUCAUGUACAUAUUCUAAAAUUGGGUAUUUCUGAGACCUAAUUUUAUUUUCCGAAGCGUAAGUGAUAAAUGCCCUCAGUCUGAUUUACGUGCUAAGAUAUAUGAAUACGAAUUUAAAUUUCUGACUA